CUGUCAUUCUUUUCGAACAAAAAAAUCUUAUCGCAGUCUAUUUUUCACGUCGUGCAAAGCGGUCGGCAUCAAAAAUCAAAAAUAUUGAUGCAAAAACAAUUCAAAUCGUCUACUAUUUCCAAAACCGGGGUUUUAGCUGAUCUUGAUACCUUUGUCCGCAUAGGAAUUUGAUUCACGCUGGUGUCCUUGGGACAAGAGCGUGGAUGUUGUGUAACUUCCGCUGUAUUCGUGAAAAUUGUUUUUUUUCUGCACUGCUAAGCAGCGCUGAUCCAAAGAGUGGCUAGCUAUCAAAAAACGGUGAAGAAAACUCGUUUUAUCGACUGCGUGUGUGUACAUAAUAUAGGCAUCUAUCAGGUUUUUUUUUCGCGGAUUUAGAAACGGUUCUGUGUAUGUAAUCGCAGUUCGUCUAAUCGCGCGAUCAAUGAGGUAUCGUAUCAUCGCUGUAAAAGUAAAUAUUGGGAGCUAAGCAAGCAAAGGCAAUCGUAUUCGAGACACAUUCUGAGGCAGGGGUGAAUGAGUGGUGUUGAAGAGUUGCUGCGAACAACAGCGAAGAAAGGCUAACAAAAGUCUGGUGACCUUUGAUUGGACCAAGAAAAAUUGGAGUAAAUUGUACCUCAAUCGCUAACGCUGCUGCUUGACCGAAAGAAUGGCUCAAUCAAAACCCCUGAAGGAAGUCUUCAGUUACCUGUCCUGGGUGCAUGCGGUCUCCGGCGCCACGGGUAGCGUUAUUGCCAUGUCUGCUUUCUACCCACUGGACACGGUUCGUUCUCGUCUUCAACUGGAAGCGCCAGAACGUCGCAAGGCACUAAGCACAUGGGCCAUCCUGAAGCAGCUGGUGGCGGAAGAGGGCUUCGCUACGCUCUACCGCGGCAUGGUGCCCGUCCUACAAAGUCUCUGUAUCUCCAACUUUGUUUACUUCUACACAUUCCACAGCCUGAAAGCCCUGCGUGGAUCUAUCACAGGUGGCAGCCAAUCCGCGCUGGCCGAUCUUCUACUGGGAUCGUUGGCAGGCAUUGUUAACGUCUUUACCACCACACCAUGUUGGGUGGUCAACACACGCCUGAAGAUGAAAGGAUUGGGCCAUCGGCUGAAGGACAGCACCAUGCACUACGACAAUCUGCUGGAUGGACUUAUUCACGUGGGCCGAACAGAAGGAGCCAAAGGGCUCUGGGCGGGAGCAAUGCCUUCUCUUAUCUUGGUCAUCAACCCUGCCAUCCAGUUCAUGGUGUAUGAAUCGCUCAAGCGAAGAAUGAUUGGCGAUCCCAAGCAUUCCUCGUCAGCUGCAUUCUUCGCCAUUGGAGCCAUUGCUAAAGCGAUAGCCACAGUGCUAACCUACCCAUUGCAGCUAAUCCAAACCAAAUUGCGCCACGGUAAUUCGGAUAAGAAUUUGGAUCUCCCGCCGGACACCGACAUGGUACAGAUGCUGUUGAUAAUCCUGAAAAAGCAAGGCGCAGCUGGUUUGUUUCGAGGGCUUGAAGCUAAACUACUGCAGACGGUGCUGACGGCGGCCCUGAUGUUCAUGACCUACGAGAAGAUUGCUCGUUUCGUCACGGCUCUGCUGGUCAGAGGAAAAAAGUGAUAAUCGAAUAGGUUUUUAUAGUUUCUCGCACGUAUUUAUGAAGGAAUAGGGUUCUACACUUUUAUAAGCAAACUUUUCAAUCUAGUCCUACACAUUCCAUUUUCUUGAUCAUUGACAUGCAUUGGCGCUUCUUUCAUGCAAUUUCCUCUUAGAUGAUUGGCUCUCUUAACGAAUAUUUCGGAGGUGAAGUUUUUUAGUACGUAGAUAUUUGUUGCUGCAGAACACCAAUGGUAGGUUUAAUUGUAUAAAAGGUAAUGGAUUUUCGUUUAAAACUAUGAAGUAUCUUUCGAAUAGCAACGCAUUUGAUAUACGCAUUUUCGACUGCUUAGAAUAUCUACAGUCAAAUAUACGGGAUUGGUUCCAAGGUCCCGUUUUCAUUCUAUUAUUCGUUUUGAAGUAUAGUCAAAAUGGGUAUAUGAGCUAAAUAAUAAGAAUGGUAAUAAACCCCUUACAUAAUUCAUUAAUUUUAAACCAAAAGAUCAAUUUAUGUUCCCAGUUGAAAAUUAUGACAAAAGUAUUCAGAACAAAGAAAUACCACAAAAAACUUUAUGUUUAUACUAGAAGUAUGUAUUCUAUGAAGUAAUAAUAAAAGGUUCACAUGUCAAGUGUUCAA